UCGUGAAAGACAGAAGCGGGGCGACCGCUCUCAGUUGCGCGCGCUCAUCGCUCCUUCUCGUCUCCUUCGUCUUCUUCUCAUCUCCAACAACUUUCAAAGACAAAAAAAAAAACAUCAACCAGUCAAAAUGUCACCGCCUUCAGCAAACCAAGUCCGAUUCAAAGGCAACAGAAAACAUCAAGUCUGAGAAGGGAAGGAGAGCCGGGAGAAAGAGGGAGCUAUGCCAUCUCCCGCCAACCGGAGCCCAGUGGUCCUCUCGUCCUUCACGGAGCAGCAGAAUGGUGUCGCUCUCUGGACUCUGGACUCGCUACUUUCCACUGGAAAGACUUCUCCGUUCCCGACACUUUCCCACCGCGAAACUUGUUCCGCUUCUUCUACUCUUGGUCCUCUCUCUCGACCGUUGCGCUCCGCAUCCCCAGCCCUGCCACAUCCUGGCCCGGAUAGGGCACACCGUGCGACUCGGUGCCCUCUUACCGACCCGACAACCAGCGAGGAUACAAAACGCGCUCAACCGCGCUCUUGCGAGUCUCCGGCACCAAACCGGGGCAGACGUCGCUGCCACUUCCCCGCCACCACUGCUUCCCUACAACCUUACGCUCGAGAUGGUGGCUAGGUCCCCCGCGGGAGGCGACCCCGAAUCUCUAUCUCGGAGCGCCUGCCAGGACCUGGUGGUGCGUGGGGUUUCCGGUAUCCUGGCUUUUCCCCGGUCACCAGAAGAGCUCAUCCAGGUGGACUUUCUCUCGUCGUUUUUGGAGAUCCCCUUCAUCUCCAUACUGGAGGAGACGGAGCCACUCGCGACUAAGAACCGGUUCCACCUCCAGAUGUCGGCCCGUGUUCCCCCGUCCAGUCUGGGGAACCUGCUGCUGUCGGUGUUCCAUGGGAGGGAUGGAGGAGGCAGGGGGGACAGGGGCACGGGCGGGGCAGCGGUGGUCUGCCCCGGCUGGGAAGAGGGGGGCGAGGGGCUCCUCGGGCACCUGCAGGAGGGGGGCGGCGCCAGCGGGCGUCUCUGGGACGUCAUCAACCUCACCCACAUAGGGGGCCUGGGGGGGAGGAGGGAGGAGGCCAGCGAGGAGGGAAGGGAGGGCCAGAGAGAGGAGGAGGUGCUGGGGCUCCUCUCCGGCCGCCUGCUGCGCUCCCCCUCCCCCCUCUCCUCCGCCCUGCUCCUGGGCUCCGACCCAGAGUGCCUCUCCUCCGUCCUUCGCGCCGCGCAGCGCCUCUCCCCCUCGCUCCCCGCCCUGCAGUGGAUCAUGGGAUACCCCCUGUCUCCAGACUCCCUCCACACCCUGGGGGGCCCCCUCGGCUUGUUGGCCUACGGGGAGGUCGGCCGCAAGCCCAUCAGCUUCUACAUUCGGGAUGCUCUGCAGCUCAUUGGACGAGCCGUCACCGCGGCGACCAUGGUGAGGCCAGACCUGGCCCUGAUCCAGAACAUGGUGAACUGCUAUGAUAAGCCCAACCGCCAAGAACUGCCCUCGUCUGGACAGUACCUGGCAAGGUUCCUGUCCAACACCUCCUUCACCGGAGCCACGGGGCUGGUGCAGGUGGAGUCCGCCCGCUCCCGGGUCCUCUCCUCCCAGCUCUUCCACGUGUGGAGCCUGAAGCGGGGGGCUCUGGGACAGCCCGCCUGGGUGACCGUGGGCCAGUGGACCCGGGGCCGGCUGGAGCUGGAGGAGGGAGUCCUGGGGCUGGGACCGGGGCUGGGGCCGGGGGUGACCCCGGGCCAGGGCCAGGGUGCCGGGGUGCGGGGAGGGGACGGCCAGGGGGACAGCAGCCCUGGGGGGCGCUGGAGGCCAGGCCUGACCGUGGAGGGUCAUCGCCUGCGUGUGGUCACCUUGGUGGAACACCCGUUUGUGUUCACAAGGGAGGUGGAUGAGGACGGUCUCUGCCCCGCCGGACAGCUGUGUCUGGACCCCAGGACCAACCGGUCUGACCUGCUCCAAAGCCUGUUUCACCAGCUCCACAACCCCAACAGCACAUCAGCCGACCUGGGGGAGGGCGUGGACCUGCCAGACGACCUGCGCAAGUGUUGCUACGGUUACUGCAUCGACCUGCUGGAGAAGCUGGCGGAGGACAUGGGCUUCACCUUUGACCUCUACAUCGUGGGGGACGGGAAGUACGGGGCGCGGCUCGGCGGGGGGAACUGGACGGGGCUGGUGGGAGACCUGCUGGCCGGGACCGCAGACAUGGCCGUCACCUCCUUCAGCAUCAACUCGGCCCGGAGCCGGGUGAUGGACUUCACCUCGCCUUUCUUCUCCACCAGCCUGGGGAUACUGGUGCGUAGCAGGGACACCGCAGCCCCCAUAGGGGCGUUCAUGUGGCCCCUGCACUGGUCCAUGUGGGUGGGCAUCUUCGUCACGCUCCACCUCACCGCCCUCUUCCUCACGCUGUACGAGUGGAACAGCCCCUUCGGCAUGACUCCCCACGGCCGCAACAGGCUGAGGGUGUUCUCCUACUCCUCCGCCCUCAACCUCUGCUACGCCAUCCUGUUUGGACGCACCGUGGCCACCAAGACUCCUAAGUGCUGGACCGGGCGGUUCCUGAUGAACCUCUGGGCCAUCUUCUGCCUGCUGGUCCUGUCCAGCUACACUGCUAACCUGGCCGCCGUCAUGGUGGGAGAGAAGACCUUCGAGGAGGUGUCUGGAAUACACGACGACAAGCUCCACCACCCCUCCCUGGGGUUCAGGUUUGGCACGGUGAGAGAGAGCAGUGCGGAGGACUACAUGAAGAAGAGCUUUCCGGAAAUGUAUGACUACAUGAGGCGCUUCAACCAGCCCACCACACCCGACGGAGUAUCCAUGCUGAAGACAGAUCCUCCUACUCUGGAUGCCUUCAUCAUGGAUAAAGCCCUGCUGGACUUUGAGGUGUCCAUCGACGCGGCAUGCAAACUACUCACUGUGGGGAAACCAUUUGCAAUAGAAGGCUAUGGCAUCGGAACAGCCCAGGGCUCCCCCCUCACCAGGAACGUGUCAGAGUUUGUGAGUCGCUACAAGUCAGACGGUUUCAUGGACAUGCUACAUGACAAGUGGUACAAGGUGGUGCCCUGUGGAAAACGUGUGUUCGCCGUCACCGAGACUCUACAGAUGGGGAUCCAGCAUUUCUCGGGCCUGUUUGUGUUGCUGUGUGUGGGCGUGGGCGGGGCUUUGCUCACCUUGGCAGGUGAACACACCUUCUAUCACCUGGUUCUGCCCCGACUCCGACGCACACACACUCUACAGUACUGGUUACACACCAGCCAGAAGAUCCACCGAGCUCUAAACACCACCUAUGAGGAUGUGGGGAAGGAGCUGAGUGGUAUAGACCAGAGCCCGUCCCCCUGUCUCUCUGACAGCUGCACCCUCCACAGGAAACAGCAGCCCCCUCCCCCCCCAUCUCCCACCCCACCCCUGCCUGCCCUCCCUCCUUGCGGAGACACCCCCCACGCGCCUUCCCCCUCCCAGGAGCCUAAGGAGAGCAAGCAUGUGCACUUUGACCUGGAGACCCUCCAUAGCUACCGUCUCCGCACGCACACAGCCUCCGUGCGGGGCCGGCCUGGGAUGGUGGGCCGGCCGGGCCUGGGGCUGGGGGGCCUAGGCCUGGGGGGCCUGGGAGGUCUGGCCUCUCCUCGGGUUAGCCUCCAGGCUAACGGCGGACCUGCCUCGGCCCUGCCCUCCCCAGGCUUGGUGCUCUCUGCCGUGGGGAAUCGCGCCGCCCAGGCCUGCCUGUGGGAGGGGGAGCUCCAGGAACUCCAAGGGAGGAUUGAGAUCUUCCGGACCCAACUGAGAGAAGCCCUGGCCAGGAGGGCGGAGAUCCAGACCAGCCUGGAGAGAGAGAAGAGCACCCAGGGAAGGAGAGAAACCAGUCUGGAGAGAGAGAGGGACAGGGAGAGACCACUACAAACAGGGAACACUCUGGAGAGAGGAAGUGUCAGCCAAUCGAAAGCCCUGGAGAGAGACAGGACCAGCCAAUUGCAAACCCUGAACAAUCAACAAACAGGGAGACUCAACCAAUGGGGUGUUUUGAUUGGUAUUGAGCGUGGGAGAAACAACCAAUUGAACACCAUCAACAGCUUGGAUAGGGGACGAGCCAACCAAUCACGUACCGUCAAUAGAUUGACAGGGGAAAAGAUAAUCCACUCACGUACCUCCACUAGCCUGGAGAGAGGCUGGGUCAACCAAUCAGCAGCUGUUAACAGCACAGAGAAAGGGAGAACUGUCCAAUCACGUUCCACCACCAGCCUUGACAGACAGAAGGCUAACCUAUCACGUGCACUGAACAGCCAAGAAAGGGCGGGAGCCAACCAAUCCAACGCCGGACAAGAGCUUUCAGAUCCUUUAUGAGAGAGACUGAGGAUUCAAACGGACAUGAGUGUGGUCUAGGGUGGAUCCUUUAGAUGGACAUGACAAAAUCUCCACAUCUAUGAUCAACGCUUUAGAAUCUCAUUAUAGCCAAUCGGAGGACUGGUGGAAGGGGCUCACUGUGGGUAUGACUUUUCAAGAGUUUAUGGGAAGAUAUCGUUCAGAGAGACUUCCAAAAAUAUUUGCUGUACACACAUAGGACUCGACACUACAGCUGUGACCUUCAAGACCCUAGUUUCCUGUCGGGGUGUGUGUGUGACCAUAGCCCAGCUGUCUGGCUCAGAGGCCUGGCUCCCAGUGUAAAUUAGAGCAUUUCAACUUUGCUGUGGUGUUAACUGGUUGUGUUCGCUCGCCAUGGUGUCUGUAGGAUAUACCUGUGUGGUGGUUUGUGAGAAGGUCCUGCGUGCCUUCAGAUAUUUACAACCAAAUUAUUAUAUUUGAAUUUCACCCCCCCCCCCCCCCUCCUCCUGCUCCUCUACUAUAAAAUGGUAUAUAGAUAUUAUGGGAUUUUAUCAUGUUGUUCAUUCACAUCUUUUGAAAUAAACAUUUAUAUGCUGUUUAACCUGCACCAACUUAAAACAUUCA